ACCUACGGCCUCAACUACCUGCUGUCCGGCAGCCGCGCCGCAGCGCCCGGAGAAGCGGGCCCCGGGACCCCGGCGCCGCGGCCCGGCACGCCCUGGAAGAGCCGCGCGUACGGCCCGGGCAUCCAGGGACUUCAUGAGGAAAUAAUCGACUUCUAUAACUUCAUGUCCCCCUGUCCUGAGGAAGCAGCUAUGCGGACGGAGGUGGUGAAACGCAUUGAAACCGUCAUCAAGGACCUUUGGCCGACAGCCGAUGUGCAGAUAUUUGGCAGCUUUAGUACAGGUCUCUAUCUCCCAACCAGUGACAUCGACCUGGUGGUCUUUGGAAAGUGGGAGCGGCCGCCUCUGCAGCUGUUGGAGCAGGCACUGCGGAAGCACAGCGUGGCCGAGCCGUGCUCCAUCAAAGUGCUGGACAAGGCAACGGUUCCGAUAAUCAAACUCACCGACCAGGAGACGGAAGUGAAAGUCGACAUCAGUUUUAAUGUGGAGACUGGCGUCCGGGCAGCCGAGCUCAUCAAGAGCUACAUGAAGAAGUACUCGUUGCUGCCGUAUUUGAUUUUAGUAUUAAAGCAGUUCCUCCUGCAGAGGGACCUGAACGAGGUGUUCACAGGUGGAAUUAGCUCCUACAGCCUCAUUUUAAUGGCCAUCAGCUUCCUGCAGUUGCAUCCGCGAAUUGAUGCCCGGCGAGCGGAUGAAAACCUUGGGAUGCUGCUGGUCGAGUUUUUUGAACUUUAUGGAAGAAAUUUUAAUUACCUGAAAACCGGAAUUAGAAUAAAAGAAGGAGGUGCCUACAUCGCCAAAGAAGAGAUCAUGAAAGCCAUGCCCAGUGGGUACAGACCGUCAAUGCUGUGCAUCGAGGACCCUCUGCUGCCUGGAAAUGAUGUUGGCCGGAGCUCGUACGGGGCCAUGCAGGUGAAGCAGGUGUUUGACUACGCCUACAUCGUGCUGAGCCACGCUGUGUCGCCGCUUGCAAGGUCCUAUCCCAACAGAGACUCAGAGAGCACCUUAGGACGCAUCAUCAAGGUCACACAGGAGGUCAUCGACUACCGGCGGUGGAUCAAGGAGAAGUGGGGCGGCAGGGCCAGCCCAUCGCCGGAGCUCGACAGCAGAAUGAAGAUGAAAGAGCGGAUCACAGUCUGCAAUGGGGAGCAGACCCAGAGCCGAGACCCAGGGUCACCCUACAGCCAGCGUCUGACCCUGUCCCUGUCCAGCCCCCAGCUCCUGUCCUCGGGGUCAUCUGCCUCCUCUGUGUCUUCGCUGUCUGGGAGUGACAUUGACUCAGACACACCACCAUGCACAGCACCCAGUGUUUACCAGUUUAGCCUCCAGGCACCCACCCCGCUGAUGGCCACUCUGCCCACAGCAUUGCCAAUGCCCAGCAGCAAACCCCAGUCCACUGCUUCUCGAACGUUGAUCAUGACAACGAACAACCAGACCAGGUUUACGAUACCUCCCCCCACCCUCGGGGUGGCCCCUGUUCCCUGCAGACAGGUCGGCCUGGAAGGCACUCCGUCCCUGAAAGCUGUCCACCAUGUGUCUUCCCCGGCCGUGCCCUCCACCGCCCCCCACCCGCUGUCCAGCCCUCACCUGUAUCAUAAGCAGCACAGCGGCAUGAAGCUAUCGGUGAAAGGCUCACACGGCCACAGCCAGGGCAGCAGCCACGGCUCGGUGGGCAGCGGAGGUGUGCGGCCGCCCAUGGGGAACCGGGGCCACCACCAGUACAGCCGCACCGGCUGGAGGAGGAAAAAGCACACGCAUACGCGGGACAGCCUGCCCGUCAGCCUCAGCAGAUAAUGGCACGUGGGCACUGCCGCCCGCCCACCCAGACUGACCACGGCCUUGGGCCGCGGCGGCCGUGACGAGACCCACAGCGUCCACAUGUCGGCCAUGGGGCCCCCGCAUCUGUGCUGCCCUCUGCAUGUCCUCGUGUGGUGGCCGCGUCCAUCCUCCAGAACAGUGCGUCAUGCUUGUCUGUGCAGUGUGGGCGCUGUCCUCACCUUCAGUGCUGCUGGGGCUCCGGCCCGCGGGGACAGAGCGUGUGUGUGUGUGUGUGUGUGUGUGUGCGCGCGCACACGUGUGUGCGUGCACAGAGUCUUGUCGAUUCCUUUGCAGUUUGGGUUUUGUUUUCCGUUUGUCAGAGGAGCCCCCAACAUCUCUCCUCAGCGGAUGGGGUUGGGGGUUACCAUUGUUUUACUGCCCUCAUGUUUUGUUUGAAAUUCCAGAACUGUAUUUCUAUGUAAAUAUCGAAAACUUAUGAUUUGUGCAAUAACUCAGAUAUUUUUUAUUUAAUUUCAUAUUUUCACGUAAGUUAUAUUUAAGGGAGGAGGGUUUUUUUAAACAAGCCUAGAUCCUUUCCCCAGCUGCAUUUUCUAAGUUGGGUUCAUUGUGUCGCUGGUUGUCUGAGGAGCAUCGUUACAAGUACCACAGGGAGUCGGGGGUUCAUUUUGACGUCUUUCCUUUUGGUUGGAUGCGUGGCCUCAGUGCGUGAGGGGGGUGACGUGCCGCGCCGACUGGACGCAAGGACGGCUGUGCCUGGACAGACGGCCCACUGUCCUGCCUGCCGCUCAGCCUGCAGUCCUGCUUGACCCCUGAGUUCUAACGUUUUUGGUUUUUGGUUCUCUUAAAUAGACAACAAACCCAGCAUUUAAAGUGCCAGAACUAUAGCCUAUUAAAGGGAGAGCAGGCUGUCUCCGUGUAAAACCUUUACAAAUGUGAACUUGGAAGUGCUGCAGCCUGUUCUAGUCAUGUGAGCCGUAAUGAUGGGUCUGGUGAGUAUCAUUACGGAAAACGGUGCCCAGUUUUAGGAAUGUGGAGAAAGGGAUUAUGUUGAUUCCGUUGAGGAAUCUGUAUAGCAGUGUGCAUUCGUUCUGCUAAGAGCAACUAUCCGGCGAGGACUUCGCGGCUCCAUGCGCCGCGAGGGAGCGUCCUAGCGUGUCCGGAGAGCCCGGCCCGGCGCUGUGUCGGGCGGCUGGCCUGACUCGCGAUGCAUACAGGUAUACUAUGCAAGUGUGUUCUGCCCUGACAGCCACUGUCCUGUGACCCUGGUUUGAUCAAGCGUGUCCCCACUCUGCCUGACCUGAGUUCCCAGAGUACCACGGUUGUCUUGAGGCUUGGCAGCACCUGGCAGGUCCUUGACCCCCUGUUGUGGGACGAGGGGUCUUGGUCCUGCUGACGCUACAGGUAGGUUGAGGUUUGAAGUCCACAGUGGAGAAUGCUGAGCGACAGCCAUGCCGCCUGGCCGGUGUGUGGAGUGGGCGCCCACGAGGACAAGCGUGCGCUGUGUCUGCCCGCAGGCCCUCCCAGAGGCCUUCUGGAGCAGGGCGCACGUUCUCUCUGCAGUCCUUGGCCGUCGAGGUUACCCAGAAUAUUUAAAGUAUUUAAGUUGUGACCCUACCGAUAAAGAAAUAUUUAUAAACCUUGACUCAUAGGCCUAUUCUCAUCUACUCAUUAGCAAUAUUGACUAACCCACACCGAGAGACCACUGCGGAGGCCAGCUGGGGGUGGCGUCCACCGUGUGCACCCUGAGCUGGUCCUGAGGGCAGGGUCAGGCUCCACUCCAGUCGUGGGGGCCUAAUGAAUUGGCCUGGCCACCACUGUGGUCACAUCUGCAGGCUAAGUGAGAAGAUAUCAUGUUUCCAUUUUUUUGUGUGUGGACAACAAUGUGGAAGCUAAAAUUGACAUAUUUUUAUGUAAAGUUUUUCUAUUCUUUGAUUUUUAAUAAACUUUAGAAACCAGUCUUGGGUUUAUGUUUGA